UAAUCAUCAUCAUCAUCUUUUAUCAAUUUGUUAAUCUUUAAAAAUCAUGAACAAAUCAAGCGAUUACAAACGCGUAUUCGAUCACUUGGAUGAAGAUGGCAAUGGCAUGAUCUCUCCCUCAGAGUUGCAACGUUGUAUCGGAUUGAUAGACCACGACGACAUUUUAAUCGAAGAGGUACAGGUUGUGAUCGAAUCGUUAUAUGGAAGUGAGGGACAAUUAGGGUUUGAGGAUUUUAUUAGUUUAGUGGAAAGCGAUAAGGAAGAGGAGAAACUUGAGGAUUUGAAAAAGGCUUUCAAAAUGUAUGAAAUGGAGGGAACCCAUUGCAUCACUCCAAAGAGUUUGAAGCGGAUGCUGAGUCGACUCGGUGAGUCAACUAGUGUUGAUGAGUGUGUUGGGAUGAUUCGUCAGUUUGAUCUUAAUGGUGAUGGAGUGCUUAGCUUUGAUGAAUUCAAAGCUAUGAUGCUUUGAAAAUUCCAUGAAGAACAAAUUCAGAUAUUCUUUCUUUGUAAAUUGAUAAUAUCUAUUCAUAUUAACUUAGUUGAGUAUUUUGAAUUUAUGA